AUCUAUUUAAAACCUUAUAUUUCCUUCUUUUCAUAUUAAUGGUUGAAUAAAACAUAUGAAAGAUUAUAAAUCUUUCAAAAAUCUUAAAGGGUAGAAAAAACGUUUAUAUUUCUAGUCCCUUUUUUCCAAAGUCUUCCUUUAUCUAUAUAUAACACAAAUACACAAUUAACCUGGUUAAUUCAUAUAGUCCUCUGUUUCAUACACAAAAUGAUGAUGAAAGAUAAAAAACAAAACACCAUUUCAACAACAACACCAAUGAAGCUCUCUUAUAGUCACUUAAAUAACCUUAAACUAUGUUGUUUUUGGCUCGUAAUUUUCGCCUUUGCCAUGACAUUUGGAAUCAGCCUUACUUUUUAUUCACAUAGAUUCACCCUGCAUAGCAAUAAUAUGCAUAUUACUACUAUGCAAACCCCACAAAAACUCCAUGCUAUCACCACCUCUGCUUUACCACCAAGUAGUGCUUCAAACAAUAAGUAUGAUCAUUCGACCGAGGAGUUGUAUCCGAUUCAUGGUGUUUCGAGUGACAAGGAGUUGAAGAGGAAGGCAUCAAGGAUAAAAGAAACUCCGAUGAAAGGGAAAGGGAAAGGGAAAGAGAUUAUGUCUAAUAAUAAGAUUGCUUUUAUGUUUUUGAUAAAAGGGACACUUCCUUUGGCUCCUCUUUGGGAAAAGUUGUUUGAAAAACAUGGAGGCUUUUACACAAUAUAUGUUCAUUCUGAUCCAUCUUUCAUUUCUUCACCUCAGCUCAACACCGGGCUGUUUCGUGGCCGCAUCAUUCCUAGCAAGGGAGUGGAAUGGGGACGGUUCAACAUGAUUGAGGCAGAACUACGUUUACUAGGAAAAGCUCUUAAAGAUGUUUCAAACAAACGAUUUGUCCUCCUGUCAGAAACUUGCAUUCCCCUCUUCAACUUCCCCACCAUUUACUCUUACCUCAUGAAUUCCACGCAAAGCUACGUUCAAGCCUAUGACAAAAACAGUCCAGUAGCAAGGGGCCGAUAUAAGAAGCGUCUGAGUCCAACCAUCACGGUUCAUGAUUGGCGAAAAGGGUCCCAAUGGUUUGAGAUGGAACGAGAGUUAGCCAUCAAGGUCAUAUCAGAUGAGCAUUACUUGUUGUUAUUCAAGAGAGUAUGCAAUAAGUGGGCAUGCUAUGCUGACGAGCAUUACUUGCCUACUUGGAUGAACAUCAACUCAGGAGGGAGAAACUCCAAUAGAAGCAUAACUAGGGUUGAUUGGUCCAAAGGGGGAUGGCACCCUGCCAUGUACACCAGAAAACAUAUUACACUUGACUUUCUAAUAAGGUUAAGGAAUGGUAAUACAUGUCAGUAUAAUGGCAACAAUACUAACAUUUGCUUCUUGUUUGCAAGAAAAUUCUUGCCUAAUACACUCAAUAGGCUUAUCAAGUUCGCACCCAAACUCAUCCACUUUUAGACAUCUCUAAUUAUUCUCAAUAUACAUACGUACGGAGUAGUACAUUACAUUUGUAUUGUGAUUAUAUGUAUACUCCAAAACAAGCAUUUAUUCUUUAUUUUUAAUUUACAAAAUAUUUCUUCUUUGUUGUUUUA